UUUGCCAAAUUGUUAUGAAAGCCAAACUGAGCUCCAUUCCAAACCCAGGUUAGCCCAACACCACAGCCUGAGUGCCAGAGCAGGAGACCGACACAUGGCAGUCUAUGGACCCUCCUUCAGACAGCCACAGCUUGUAACAACGAUGUGGAUGCUGAUCAUAGUCCUAGGUACGUGUGGAGGACGUGCCAUGGGCUGGACAUAUCAUUACUCCGAAAAGACCAUGAACUGGACCAUGGCAAGAGAGUGGUGUCGUAUGAACAACCACACAGACAUGAUGGCCAUCCAAAACCAGGAAGAGAAUAAUUACCUCCGCGACGUCUUGCCCGAUAGAACCGGGUCUCCAUAUUACUGGAUCGGAAUCACGAAGAUCAAUGAAAGCUGGACAUGGAUCGGAACCAAUGGAACGUGGGUUGGGAAUUAUUCCUGGGCACCCAACGAACCCAAUAACAUACUGGGUGAGGAGUGCGUUGAGAUGUACGUCAACAAAGGGAACAGCGAGAAUCACGGGAAGUGGAACGAUGACAAGUGCUCAAAUCUCAAAUACUCGCUGUGCUACAGAGAGCAGUGCAACCAAACAUCAUGCAAGGGACAAGGGAGAUGCUUGGAGACCAUCAACAACUUUACCUGUGUGUGUGAACCUGGGUUUGAGGGACACGGGUGCCAAACAGCUAAGGGAUGUGACCCUUUCUGUCUACCUGAUGGGUUUGUGAACUGCUCUGCUGUCGACCUUACUGUGAACUCUACCUGCCGGUUGAGCUGUGAGAAGGGGAGUCUACUGCUGGGAUUACCAGAGGUCAGCUGUAGCAUGGACAGGGUCUGGACCGGGGUCCGCGGCGACGACGUCUGGAGCAGGAUCUGGUUAUGGAGCGGACGGAGGCCAGUUUGUGCAAGUUAUCAGCAUGUCCUAAUGGUUGUAGCUGCUGGUUCGAUGCUCUCAAUGUCCUGCUGCAUCUGCUGUUGUUUCAAUCACAGAAAAAGAAAGAAGCAUGCCCAACUAAGGGAACCAGAGGAGGGUGUGACGUCAUCCAAUGGGGACAUCUGAUGGACCGCUGAGACUUCAUGAAUGAUGUCAUAAUCGACCUAUUAUAUUAGUCCACGUCAAACACAGGAUGU